AAGAAAGUUUUUCCCCCUUAACUCAAAAGCACCUUUGCAGAACUACAUAAUCUCAAUGAAAAAGCCUAAAACAAGAUCUUACUCAUUAUUAUUUAGUUUUUUAUUUUACUAAUCAAGCACAAAACAAUGUGCACUCUGCAUCUGUUUUCAAAAGUCAAAUCAAGUCUUUCUUUUCUUCUGCCCAUUUCAUUUCUGCAUAUACAAACUUAAAUUGCCCAUAUAAUAGGUCACCAGUUCGACUUCAGUUCGACUUCACAAAGCGGCAACUCUAUUUAAACAUGUGCACAUUAUCAAGAUGACCAGCUGAAGUUCAAACCUAGCUUCAAAAUAAAGAUGUUCAUCACAAAUAGGAAGGAACAGACGAUCACAGCUUUGUGCCAACCGAUAAUGAAAGUGGAUCAAUACAUCUUUCCGUAAUGUCUUUUAGGGAGUGCUUGUUGCCUACAGUAUAUGAACUUCUAAGGAAAAACGCUGUAGAUAAAAUUCUCCUGUUUUGUUUUUCUUAUCUGCACCACAAUGUUUCUAGAAUGCAAAUGUGCAGAAAACUCACAACUAUUAUCCCCACAUGAAAAACUGCUCUGUGCACUGAGGAGCCUUCAGUGGGUGUUAUUUGGGGAGAUGUCGGGGUCCCUUUAAUGAAACCUGAUCUGUACAUGCAGUGACUGCUGUUUAUAUACUAACCUUGUGUACUACAACAGGAAGCUGCUACUGCCAGACAGUGUUUAGAGGGUUUCAUUUUAAAAAGGCUGACAUUUUAAGGGAACUAAGUUUAAAAAUGGAAAUGAACAGUAUUCAUACAGAGGAUCAUAUAAAUGGAUAUCAAAAAGAGGAGAAAGUUGAAGAUGCUCAGUUGACUUCGAGAAGCAUCUGUGCUGAAUGUCUAAGAAAACUCAGAAGAUUGUUACCAGUAAAUUAUAAAGAAGAAGUAAUGCAGCUGCUAAAACUUGCUGGACCGGUGUUUAUCUCUCAGCUGAUGAUCUUUCUGAUCAGCUUCGUCAGCACUGUGUUUUGUGGACACUUGGGGAAAACUGAAUUAGCCGGUGUGGCUCUGGCUAUUGCUGUUAUCAAUGUGACGGGCAUCUCCAUCGGCUCUGGACUGGCGUCUGCAUGCGAUACGCUCAUCUCUCAGACGUUUGGCAGUAAUAAUCUGAAGCGGGUGGGUGUGAUACUGCAGAGAGGGAUUCUCAUCCUCCUGCUGGCAUGUUUCCCCUGCUGGGCGCUGCUCAUCAACACAGAGCCCAUCCUGCUGGCUGUCCGACAGAGUCCCAAUGUGGCCAGUCUUUCGCAGCUCUAUGUGAAAAUUUUCAUGCCUGCUCUGCCUGCUACAUUUAUGUAUCAGCUACAGGGAUUAUAUCUUCAAAAUCAGGGUAUUAUCUGGCCUCAGGUGAUCACAGGAGCCGCAGGGAACAUCCUCAAUGCUUUAAUAAACUACGUCUUCCUUUAUCUGCUUGAUCUUGGUGUGCCAGGAUCUGCUGCUGCAAAUGCUAUUUCUCAGUAUUCCUUGGCCGUGAUUCUCUAUACAUACAUUCGUUGUAUGGGUCUGCAUAAAGCCACCUGGGAUGGCUGGUCUUGGGAUUGUCUGCAGGAAUGGGGCAGCUUCAUCCGCUUGGCUCUUCCCAGCAUGCUCAUGCUCUGUGCUGAAUGGUGGACAUAUGAGAUUGGUGGAUUCCUGGCAGGACUCAUCAGUGAGGUCGAGCUGGGCGCUCAGUCUAUCGUCUAUGAAUUGGCCAGCGUUAUGUAUAUGUUUCCUCUGGGUUUUGCGGUGGCAGCCGGUGUGAGGGUAGGAAAUGCUCUUGGAGCUGGAAACACAGAACAAGCCAAACUGUCUGCCAAAGUGUCUUUAGUCUGUGGACUGCUUGUCUCCAGUGUGAUUGCAGUCGUAAUUGCUGGAACUAACAACAUUAUUGGAUACAUCUUCAGUAAAGAUGAGGAUAUUGUCCUCAGAGUUUCGCAGGUCAUGGUUAUGUAUGGAUUUGUUCAUCUGUUUGAUGCUACUUCGGCUAUUACAGGUGGCAUUGUCAGAGGUGCUGGAAAACAACAGAUUGGUGCUCUCUGUAACAUGGUGGGAUACUAUUGUGUGGGAUUCCCUAUUGGAGUGUCUCUGAUGUUUGCUUUCAACAUGGGCAUAGUUGGCCUCUGGAUUGGGUUUUUUACAUGUGUCUUCCUACAGUCGUUGUUCUUCAUUAUUCUCAUUUACAGACUAGACUGGAAAAAAGCAACUCAAGAGGCUUUGAUCAGAGCGGGUGUUCAACUCACCGAGAUCAAAUACGAAUCCUUUGGUUUGGAAAAUAAGGGCUGCACUGAAGAAGCAGCACAGGAGAACACUGAAGAAGGCCAGACAGAUACAAACACAGACCUGGAAGGACUCAGUAAAGGAGAGGGAGGAAUAACAGAUGCUGUUGCAUUGGUCACAGUUGGAGAGGUCUUGACCGCCAAACAGCUUGCUGUUCGUCGAGGACUUGCAUUUUUCUUCAUGCUGCUCAUAUUAACUGGAGGAAUUGUGUUAAAUGAGGUGCUGAUUAGAUUUGUUAUUUGAGCCUACAGAACUUUGUCUGCACUGAAAAUGUUAAUGCUGUGAGAUUUUUUUUUAAUAUGCAAUAUGUACUAGUUUACUGCACACUAAAUAAAUAAACGUGAUAAAUUAGAA